GCUAGGAACAUGGGCGCCUUAGGGGCCAAGGCUGGCUGGGGGCUUCUGGAUUAUAAGACGGAGAAGUAUGUCAUGACCAGGAAUUGGCGAGUAGGAGUCCUGCAGAGGCUGCUGCAGCUUGGGGUUGCAAUAUACGUGGUGGGGUGGGUCCUUUUCUCCAAAAAAGGCUACCAGGAGCAGGAUAUGGAUCCCCAGAUCUCUGUCAUCACCAAACUUAAAGGGAUUUCCGUGAUACAGAUCAAGGAGCUGGGGAACCGGCUGUGGGACACAGCCGACUUUGUGAAGCCACCUCAGGGAGAGAAUGUGUUCUUUUUGGUGACCAAUUUCCUUGUGACGCCAGCCCAAGUUCAAGGCAGGUGCCCAGAGCACCCUUCUGUUCCGCUCGCUGUCUGCUGGGCCAAUAAGGACUGCCCAGAAGGAGAGAAGGGGACACACAGCCACGGCAUAAAAACAGGUCAAUGUGUGGUGUUCAACGGGACCCACAGCACCUGUGAGAUCCAAGGUUGGUGUCCUGUGGAGAGUGGCACUGUGUCAGGGAAGCCCCUUCUGGCCCAGGCAGAAAACUUCACGCUCUUCAUCAAAAACACAGUCACUUUCAGCAAGUUCAACUUCUCCAAAUCCAAUGCCCUGGAGACCUGGGAUGCUACCUAUUUCAAGCACUGCCGCUAUGAUCCACACACCAGCCCCUACUGCCCCGUGUUCCGAAUUGGGGACCUCGUGCAGUCUGCGGGUGGAAACUUUGAGGACCUGGCAUUGCUGGGUGGUGCUGUGGGCAUUCGUGUCCAAUGGGACUGCAACUUGGAUGGCCAGAGCUCCGACUGCCAACCCUACUACUACUUUCAGCUACAGGAGAGGAACUACAACUUCAGGACAGCCACUCACUGGUGGGAGGCCCCUGGUGUGGAGGCCCGGAGCCUACUCAAGGUCUACGGGAUCCGCUUUGACAUCCUGGUCACUGGGCAGGCAGGGAAGUUUGGGCUCAUUCCCACAUUCAUCACGCUGGGCACUGGAGUGGCGUGGCUGGGUGUGGUAACUUUUCUCUGUGACCUGAUGCUAUUGUAUGUGGAUGGAGAAGCCCAUUUCUACAGGAGGACCAAGUAUGAGGAGGCCAAGGCUCCGAAGAUGAAGGCCAACUCUGUGUGCACAAAAACCUGCCCACCAGGCUUCCUGGAAACCCUGGGAAACGUGGGAGAGCCUAGAGGUGGAGGCCACCCAUCCUUGUCAUGGGCCCUGUUCCUGAUGCAUGUGUGUGAUUUCUCGCUGAGCUCGGCAGACCAUCCCUGA